UCUGAAUUCAUAGAUGCCUUUUUCCAGUCCGUCGAUCAACCGUACGCGGUGACCGACUCCCUGCUCGGUCAAGGCGGAUGUGUAAGUCCAAUCGAGCGCGCCUGCUUGAAAACUAUCGACGAAAAAAUAUGGCCCGUUGUUUGGCUUAAAAAGUUCAAAAUCUACUUCGUCGCAGUCCCACUCAUCGAGGGGGCUUUGAUUCAUGAAGAAGACCAUGUAGAACAUAAGUUCUCUUUUGAUCGAGUCAAAACCAUGCCAGCGAUCGAUACACCCUUCAUCGGCGCUACGAUCGCCUUCUUGGAAGUCUUGGUAUUGCUACUAAAGCCGUGUGCACCAGCAUUCGAACCAAGCAAAAUCGCCGAACUUCAAUCUUAUCUUGCUCUAUGCGUUCAAUUUGGCAGACCUGUGAAAUCCUUUUCGUCCAAUCAUCAAUUGCUGAUCACAUCUGCAAUCUCUACUCCAAUAUCUAUCGAACCGAACUCCGACGUCCCGCCUCCAUCGUUUCUUGUAUCCGAAAAUGAUAAUAUCCCUAAGACUCAAGCCGGUGUUUUCAUCAAACUCUGCAGCGUCGAAUUCGUCUCUCUUGUUCAAUCCGGUUCGGCGGCCAUUUUUGAGAACAUUCAAUCUAGCGGGAUGAUAUCCGCAACCGUUUCCGCCAACACCAGCGCUCUCCCAGACAUCACAGUUCAGCUCAAUAAAAUCACAUCUUCCGAUUCUGAACUUGUCAACGUCCGAUUUCAUGAUUGCGUCAAAAAAAGCAGGCUUUCGUCUCAAUCCAUCUGUGUCACCUUUUCCCCUAUUUCUGGCACUUUCCCGCUCUGCUGCUACUCAAUCCGAGCCGCAGCCGGCGCGACUAAAUUCCCAGCCAAGGGCAUGUACCGCCUUGAAAAACUCAACCAAACUCAAUUCAAAAUUCUGCUCCAACUGAAAUUUGAAAAUUGUGCUUUAGAGUACGCUCAUAUGACAAUCCCAUUUCCCAACCAGACACCUAUCGCAGAAACCAACUUGACGGCCACGGCCGGCAUCACACGGAUAGAUAAAUCAUCUCCCAACAACGCCAUCCAGUGGGACAUUGACAAGCACUUCAAAAACCUAGAUGCCACCUUGUCUGGUACAAUCACUUUUUCCGAACAGAAGAAUACAGAAUACAUUUUCAGCAAUGAUGGCAAUAUACCUUGCUCUGCUCUCCAGGCGAACCACUAUGUUAAGAUCAACUUCAAGGCCUUAGACACCAUCUUUUCACGGUUUUCGGCAUCGAAGCAAAUUUUCGUAAACCAAAAAGCCUACAGCAGCUCUAAACACCUGACACUCAGCAGAAUGUUAGUGUCCAAAAACUACAUCAUCAACAGCUCCUAAACGUCCCCUUGCAUCCGCUCGUUCACGAUUACUUCGUGUCUACGUGCUCCUCGACAACGAAAUGACGUCCCACGCCCUCAAAUUUGAAAUUUUUGGCUCCCUUUCAAACCUACCAAAAGAGGCUCGGUGCGCGACGCCCGCGACCGGCCAACCCUCGGCAAUACACAAUCCGCCACGCAAAAAACUCAACAAAAUACAAUUUAUGUAUCUGCACGACGCCCACUUCUGUUCCGUAAAGGUCUAUCCAAUUUUUUGUACAACAGAGAAACACAUUUUCACACUUUCACACACAAUGAAACUGUGCUGUUUUUGCAUAAAAGACGGAUGCGCGGUCGCGACGAGCCCUCCGCUACCCUGGUCCAGCUGUUAUCUCCUAAUAACCUCUACCGGUUUGGAAUUACGACGCUCGUUGAUGAUCUGUACCAGCCUGUCUGCAUCCUCCCUACUCAUCAUAUAAUACACCUCUACUCCCUUUCCGAAGUAAAUUGACACGGUCGUCCCUGAAGUGAUCUCUAUCUUUUGUACCAGGUCGUAGAGGAAAACCUGCUUGACAACCUCCUCAUUGUCCUCGGAACUAAUUCUGCACCAGGAAUCGUCCUCAAGCUGUAUGGUUCUUUCUCCGGUCCAAAAGUAUUUGAUGGGCUUCCUAACGACGAACUUCACCACGGGAUACGCCUUGCCAUCGUUUUGAUCAAAGGACUUGAUUUGCAUCGUAACCAAGUCAGGCCGUGCAACCGCCUGUCCAGCCUCCCCCUCCUCGACCGAAGGGUGCAGGUUCAUCGGCAAAGAGUAUCCUUUAAGCAGUUGGAGAAACGAUUUGAAGAUGCCAGUCGCGAAAUCAAAAAUCCCUGCUCGGGACUGACCACUUGGGUCAGACUGUUGUUCGUCAUAUGCACCAGCUUUCUGGUCUUGAGUGAACUCUAAUAGAGGGAAUUCGAUGUUCUCUAACAACUUAAUGUCCUUGGCCCUGAUAGAUUUGUACUGCAUUUCAAUGGUUGCGCCCGGAUGAACCAGACCUUCAACGGCGGCAUAGAGGAGCUCAAUGAACUCCGUCAAUUGAGCCUCAUUCCACUCGUUGCAGCAGUACGCAUACACGGCUGCUAUGUUUUGAAGAAGUAUCACUGAAGUAAAUCUCACAAUGUAUCUCGCGUCCUUCACAUUGAUAAAACGCCAAAAUACC